ACGAGACCACCUUUGCAAAGUUUCUAACUAAAGCUUCUUUUCUCUUCUUUCCAAACCUCAGACUUUUACUCAGAUUUGCUACUUCCAAACAGGCAUCGAUUUGAAUUCAGAACACAAUGGCUGCUGCAUACCCCCCUGGCCAGACCUUCUUCGACACGGUCAAGAAGAGCUUCGUUGAUGUACCUGUCGAUGCUGCCAAGGACAGUGCUAUCUCGACAACUGAGUUCCUCGAGGCUGCGGAGAGCUUGACUACGCUGUUCGAUGUUCUGGGUUCGGCGGCAUUCAAGCCUGUCAAGAAUGACAUGAGCGGCAACAUCAAGAAAAUCCGCGACCGCCAAUUGGCCGCCCCUACGCUCUCAGAAACCCUCCAGGACCUCGUCCUCAACGAGCUCAAGGAGAAGAAGCACACUGCCACCGAAGGCCUAGUAUGGCUCAACCGCGGUCUCGACUUCACGGCCCAAGCCCUCCGCCACAACAUCACCAACCCCUCCAAAGAACUCUCCGACUCGUUCCGCGACGCCUACGGCAACACGCUCAAGCCACACCACUCCUUCGUAGUCAAGCCGCUCUUCAGCGCCGCUAUGAGCGCCACACCAUACAGGAAGGACUUCUACAAGAAGCUGGGUGAUGACGAGACCAAGGUGCAGGCUGAGCUCGAGAAGUGGCUGGCGGCGUUGGAGAAGGUGGUCAACGUGUUGAAUGUAUUUUUGGCCAAAAAGGAGGCCAAGUGGUAGAGUGUAGAUGCUGUUAGAGCUAGGCGCGCCCUAGGUUACGAUUUAUACGAUACAAAAGUGUUACGUGUGGUAAGGCACUCGCUCUUCACCUUUUUCUGCGUGAAUUCACUUUGUGGUUAGUAAGGAUGCUGAAUAUGUGUUUGAAGAGGCGUGUAAGGACCAGGUAACAUUGCAUUGGCUCCUCCCGAUUUAUGCUGACCCUUGCAGCUGAGGAGGUGAUGGGUCUUGACAGUCUUGAGGGAAAAUGUGGAACA